AUGAAGACCCUCCAUGAUGCUCCAACCAAGGAUCAGGACAUCUGUGAAGUCUUACACAGACUGUUCAUCUUUGACGGCCUGGAUGAAAGCAGACUUUCACUGGAUUUCAACAACAGUGAGGUCGUGUCUGAUGUCACACAGAAGUCAUCAGUCAGCGUGCUGCUGACAAACCUCAUCAAGGGGAAGCUGCUUCCCUCGGCUCUCGUCUGGAUCACUUCCCGACCUGCAGCAGCCAAUCAGAUCCCUCCUUCAUGUGUGGACAGGGUAACAGAAGUACGAGGCUUCACUGACCCCCAGAAGGAGGAGUACUUCAGGAGGAGAUUCAGUGAUGAAGAGCAGUCCAGCACAAUCAUCUCACACAUCAAGACAUCCAGGAGCCUCCACAUCAUGUGUCACAUCCCAGUCUUCUGCUGGAUCACUGCUACAGUUCUGGACCACAUGUUGACUACAGACCAGAGAGGAGAGCUGCCCAAGACCCUGACUGACAUGUACUCACACUUCCUGCUGGUUCAGACAAAGAGGAAGAAGAACAAGUAUGAUGAGGGACAUGAGACGAGUCCACAGGAGCUGACGGAGGCUGACAGGAACCUUCUUCUGAAGCUGGGGAGGCUGGCGUUUGAACAACUGGAGAAAGGAAACAUCAUGUUCUACCAAGAAGACCUGGAGCAGUGUGGUCUUGAUGUCACAGAGGCCUCGGUGUUAUCAGGAGUUUGUACAGAGAUCUUCAAAAGAGAGAGUGUGAUCUUCCAGAAAACAGUCUACAGCUUUGUUCAUCUGAGCGUUCAGGAGUUUCUGGCUGCAGUCUACAUGUACCACUGUUACACCAGCAGCAACACAGAGGUACUGAAGGAUUUCCUGGGAGAAGACAACAGGUACUCAUCUCUGGAUGACUUCCUGAAGAGAGCCAUGCAGAAAUCUCUCAGAAGUGAAAAUGGCCACCUGGACCUGUUUGUCCGCUUCCUUCAUGGCCUCUCUCUGGAGUCCAACCAGAGUCUCUUAGGAGGCCUGCUGGGUCAGACAGACAACAGUCCAGAAACCAUCCAGAGAGUCAUCAACAACCUGAAGGAGAUGAACAGUGGUGAUAUCUCUCCUGACAGAAGCAUCAACAUCUUCCACUGUCUGAUGGAGAUGAACGACCGCUCAGUACAUCAGGAGAUCCAACAGUUCCUGAAGUCAGAGAACAGAUCAAAGAAGAAACUCUCUGUGAUCCAGUGCUCAGCUCUGGCCUACAUGCUGCAGAUGUCAGAGGAGCCUCUGGAUGAGUUGGACCUGGAGAAGUACAACACAUCAGAGGUGGGACGACGGAGACUGAUCCCAGCUGUGAGGAACUGCAGAAAGGCUCAACUUACUGCCGUUAAACUCUCAGACACUGAAUGUGAAGUUGUGACCUCAGCUGUGAAGUCCAACCCUCAUCUGACAGAGCUGCACCUGAGACUCAACAAACUGUCUGAUUCAUCAGAGAAGCUUCUACACUCACUGUGA